AUGGCCCUGUCGGAGAUAGCGGACUUUGUCGUGAAUGUGUUCCAACUGAUCAACUACCUGCUCAAAGUUAGCAUCUUCAUCGGGAAGAUCCUCGUCGAGAUCAUCCGCAAUGCCGGCUUCGUCGUGUGGAAAGUGCUGGAGGCCAUCGGGCGCUUUAUGGUGGUGUUCUACGAGGACUAUUCGUACUUUGUGGAGGACUUCAAAAACGCCCUGAGCGCAAUUGCCCGAUUUGUUUGCGGUUGUCUAGUGGCCAUUUGCGAGGGGCUGGUCAAUGCGGUGCUGUCCGUGGGGAACGCUGUGGCGGCAGGAUACCACGGUAUUGGGGAACUGCUUUCCGGGAGAUUGCUCACCGUUCCGAUCUUCACCUUUGAGUUCCUGAAGCAGGUGCUGGUUCUUGUCGGGAAUGGAGUCUGGUUCCUGGUUACCCUGCCGGGUCAUUUCGUCAAGAACUUCUGGGAAUGGCUGGAAGCUGGCCUGGGAGUGAUCGGUCAUUUUUCGAGGGACGUCGGCGCCAAGAGUUUAGAGAUUCUGUCCCGCCUGGGACACUACCUGGUGAAGGAUGUUCCAUUGCAAUCAGCAGCCGGAAUAGUUAUCCUGAUAGUGGCCUACAUGAACCCUAGAGCCAGCAAAAGAGUGAGGUACUUUUGCUUCAGGAUUCUCCGCUAUUUCUACCGGAAGCUACUCCCAUAUGGACGAGGACUUCGUCGGAAAUACAUUCAGCUCAAGGAAAUGAUUGCUCAAUCGAUCGACUACAUUAUACUGACCAUUCUCGCUGGCUUCGAGUACCUGCAAAACCGCGCAACGCACAUCUACGAUACCGGAAUUCAUCGCACCGCUUCAUUCAUUCGCACCUUUUUCACCUUAUCCGAUCGGCGCCGAGUUCGGAUUAUCCCCCAUCAGAGGCACCACUUCAGCCGCAUAGAAAACAGGCAGGACCACUCGGAAUCGGAACAAUCGUCCCGUUCCUCAUCGGCCUCAUCGAACCAAUCGACUGAAAGCAGAUCUCAAAGUAGUCCCAACAAGAAGCACCCUGCGGACCAAUCCGGGCCCAACAUUGGCCUCUGUAUCAUCUGCGAGGACAACGAGAAAUCGGUGGUGCUGGUGCCGUGUGGCCAUCUGUGCAUGUGCAAGCAAUGUGCCGAUCAGCUGCAAAACUACAACCAGUACUGUCCCAUCUGCCGGACCUUGAUUUACCGCAAGGUGGACGUUUUUAUAUAG